CCUCGUCCGGGACAUCCGGGAAACCUGAGCACCGCUCAGGCUGCGGCGCUGCGCACAUUCGAGGAGCAGCUGCGCUCUGUUGGCGCGCUGCCUAUAGAGGCGCGCCCAUUCCCUCAAGCAAGCGGCCGCUCACCCAGGUCCUGCGACCUUAGACGCUUCCUGCGCGCUCGGCAGUGGUCGGUGUCUGGUGCCGUGGAGAUGUAUCAGGCCACGCAGCAGUGGCGAGCCUCGGUCUCGCUGCCGAGCCUUGUCGAUCCGUCAUCGCCCGGCUACUUCGACUUCCACGAGGUCGAAGCAGUGGCGCGUGCGGGCUGGUCGAUGUACUUCCACGGCAUCGACAAGCUCGGCCGGCCCAUCUUCGUACAAGGCCUGGCGGGACUCGACACGACGAAGCUGCUGCAGGCCACGACGCAGGAGCGCAUCACGCUCAACUUUGCCUGCACGCUCGAAACUGCCUGCCAGAGCCGGUAUCGCGCAGCCACGCUGGCCAGGCGUGCCAAGGGCGACACUGAGGCGCUGAUCGACGGUGAGGGCCCAUGGCUGCCUCUUCCACGCGCCUUGCUCACGCUCGCACCAGACAACUUCAUGAUCGUCGACAUCGGAGGCCUAGGCAUGGGCACAUUCUGGGCGUUCAAGACGCAGUUGCAAGGCUUGCUUGCCUGUCUUGACGCCAACUUUCCCGAACUGAGCGGCCGGGUCCAGAUCAUCAACGCUCCGUGGCUGUUCAGCAGCAUCUGGUCGUACCUCAAGGGCUGGUUGCCCGUUGGCACCGUGGACAAGAUUGACAUCCAGGGUGCGGACUAUGCGGCCACCCUUCUGCAGUACAUCGAGCCGUCCGAGCUGCCGGCCGCCCUCGGAGGAUCAUGCAAGUGCCCUGGCAGCUGCACUCGAAGCGACGCAGGCCCCUGGCAACACGCACUGAAGGCAAAUGCGACAGCGGCCCUGCCUGCUGAUGCACAGCCGCGGCAGCCCUCCCCAUCGCUAGCCAGCAGCGAGACCGAUGCCGACACGAAGCACGCCGACCCGCAACCCUCGUCCGGCGUGCACGUGGAGGACGGUAGUGGUCUGCAGCCGAAUGGCGGCCCAAAAGGCGAUCCGGCACCGCCUGCAGAGGCGCCCGUCGCCAUCGAGGUGACCGCACCCAAGUCAUAGACGAGCACGCGGCGUUGGUCCGACCCAUCUCCACCCAACAUUCUUCCGCCUCCUCACGCUCCGCCGCACUUAGAACUACCAUGACAUUCAGGCUGCGCUCGGACCGAUGGGUCGAAGAGAACACGUUGGCGAGGCGAAGGGGAGGCGUCGGCGCGGCUCGGACUAGCU